CAGGACCAAUGCACGUUCGGAAUGCGGAAUAUUCUGGGGCUAGAGUCAGAGCCGGAGCCGGAGCCAGAGCCAGAGCCCGUUGCCAAUUUCCGGCAAAUGGGCAUUGGGCAGCGGUAAAGGCCGUUGGGCGUAAAUUAAAAUUAAAUUCAAAUGGAAAAGUGUCGUUGCUGCCGCGACCCGACCCCAGAUCCCAGAUCCGACUCCGACACGACUGGGCUGGGCUGGGCUGGGCUGGGCUGGGCUAGGGUCGUAUAAUAGACCGUUGGCCAUUGGCACGUCUGUCGGCUUAUGCAACAUUUUAGCAAUUAUAUUCGCGUUGAGCGACAUUACAACGGCAAUUACACGCAGGAGCCACAGUUGGGGGAUGGGUUGGGUUGGCCAUUCGAUGCCUGGCAUGGCUGUCAUCGUCACGUGGAGCAGCAACGUGAUCCACUGACGCAUACCACUGACGGACGGAACGGACACCAAUGCCCGCCCGCCUGUCACUGGCAGAAGACGGCCUCGGGGCCGGCACUGACUGACACUGGCUGGUCAACUGACUUCGCUGACAGGACAUAAAGUGCAGGAUAAAAUAACCACACAAGUAUAAUGGGUGAACAAUUUCACGUAUGCGACUGGCGAAAUGUUCUUUCUGCGCUGCUUGAAACAUAAUUUAGCUAUUUAUAGUUUAUAAAUAUUUUAAAAUUAAUUCAUAAAUGGGAUAACCUGUGAAUUGUUUCUCUUUUUUAGAAUUAAUAAUUAAAUUAAAUGUGAACAUUUUUUUAAAUA